UACACCUUAAUCGGCAUCGUCCCUCGUAGACUGAUUAAGUGUAAAUACGAGGGUUUUUGGACGAUAGUGAGGGGGAUUUCAGGGAAGAGGAUGCUGUGCUAUGAUGGAGAGGAGGACGACGACCAGCGGCAGGAGACAGUCAGGGUACGGAGGUGCACAGAUAUAUUCUGGCUGUCUCUGUUUAUUGCAUUCUGGUUUCUCAUGAUCAUGAUUGCGGCUUUCGCACUGGUUUAUGGGAAUCCAUUGAGGCUCAUCAAUGGGUAUGACAGCUUCGGGAACACCUGUGGGACCAAGAAUAAUCCCAAGUUCGGGGAUAUGGAGCUGUCGGGGCAAGACACCAGUGACAAACCUUACCUCUUCUUCCUGGACGUGCGGGACAUAAAGCAAUCGCUGAAGAUCUGCGUCAGGAAGUGCCCAGACCGCAACAUGAAUUACAUGAGUGAUGUGUGUCAAUUCUACAAAAGCACAGGCUCUCAACUCUGCCACGAUCGUCCGGACGUUGGGUUCACCGCCUGCUCCGACACUGGGAGUCAGAACAAGACGGGAUACUGUCCGAGACUACCCGUGCACGACAGUACACCUAUUCUGAACCGUUGUGUACCGAAGGCAGCCAAAGACAUCCCGUCGAAUCUCGUUUACAAUCUUUACAGUCUGCUCAACUCCUGGGACAUAUUCGAGCAGAUCCUGGGGGAUCUCUACAAGACCUGGAGGGAAAUAUUGGCACUUUCCUUCUUAGCAUUCGUGCUGUCUCUGUUCAUGAUUGCCAUCUUCCAUCUACUCGCCAGCAUUGUCACUUGGGUUGUGAUGAUUCUCGUCAGUGUUUCCUGUAUCGCUGGAACUGUUCUGCUCUGGUGGACCUACACAGGGAUAAAGUGCACCCUGGACCAGACAGAUCCCGAUCAGCUGCUCGAAGAAUCAGUGAGAAACGAAAGGGCAUUCCUGGCUUUCGCGAUAAUCGCGACAGUAAUAACUGUCAUUCUCCUACUCAUCGUGAUAUUCCUGCGGAAAAGAAUCGCCUUCAUGACCGAAUUAUUCCGAGAGAGUGCCAAAUGCCUGGCUGAACUCCCCGGACUAUUCCUACAGCCGUUUCUAACGUUCGUCGCUCUCAUAAUGUUCUACGCAUUCUGGAUUACGGUCGUUCUGAGUCUCGCGACAGCCAAUUAUCCUGGGGAGAAAUCCGUCCAGAUGCUGAACUCGUCGGGAAACAUUCAGCUGUUGAAUCCCAGAAUCGACAAGGAGGCACUGAUCAAUCAGGAGAGACUGGAUCUGCCCAUCACUCGGUUCAAGAAACUUACGCUUGUGGAAUAUGUCGAUGCGACGUGGGUGAAGUACAUGUGGUGGGUGUACAUAAUAGGUUUCAUCUGGAUAUCUGAGUUUAUAACCGCUUGCCAGGAGCUGGUGAUUGCUGGUGCUGUUGCUCAUUGGUAUUUCAGAGGCAAAGACGCAAACACCUCGCCAGUGUGUUCGUCCAUCGGGAAGCUGGUGAGCUAUCACCUGGGCUCAGUGGCCUGCGGCUCCCUCCUCAUCACCAUCUUCAAGUUGCCCCGGCUGAUCCUCACCUACAUCCACAGGAAGCUCGAGCUCUCCAAGGACACCUCCACCUGCGCCCAAUGUGGCCUCAAGUCCUGCAUCUGCUGCUUCUACUGCCUCGAGAGCUUCAUCCGCUUCCUCAACCACAACGCCUACACAGUCGUCGCCAUAGAGGGCACCAACUUCUGCAAAUCAGCGAAAAUCGCCUUCUCGACGCUGUCCAGCAACGCCCUGCAGCUGGCCGUCGUCAACGGCAUCGGCGACUUCAUCCUCUUCCUCGGGAAGUGCUUCGUCACAGCCACCACUGGAUGCAUCGCUCUCCUCUUCAUGCGACAAGAUCCUAAACUUCAUUUCUACGCUGUUCCCAUUUUCGUUGUCUGUCUUUUCUCGUUUUUCAUCGCUCACUGCGUCAUUUCCCUGUUCGAAAUCGUCAUCGACACUUUGUUCCUGUGCGUCUGCGAGGACCAGAACCUCAAUGGGGAGAAUGGCAGGUGGAGACAGUCGACUUUCGCGCAAAUUGGGGGGAAGAAUAUGAGUACAAACGGUCAGCAUGAACUUGCUCCCAUGAAUCAGUAGAAUUCAGUGACGAAGAGGCAAAAUGGUUUUAGGCGAUUUUUACUAUUUGCAGUUUUCAAUGAAUAUCUCAGAAUCUAGGGGAGAUGGCAACAAUUUUUAUAUGACCUUUUCUGUGGUACUCGGUUCGCUCUGCAAAAAAGGUCGUUACAAAAAUUUCGCUAUCUCCCUUGGAUUCGGAGAUAUUGCAAGUGAAAUCAGAUGAGGGGUGAGUCGACUUGAACCGAUUUGCCGCUUUGCUACUGAAUUUCGCGGGGGAAAAAUUCUAUUGGAUUUCUGGGGAUAAUUCUAUUGGUUUUUUAACCAUUUUGUUGAGUAAUUUUGUUGCUCUACUGCGCGUUUUGGAGGAAAUGUCAAAUAGGAACUGUUUUAGGUGAAAAUUGUAGGAUUUUUUCUAUUGAAAUAUUUUCUAUAGGAAUUUCUCGAUUUCAGUUUUCUACUCAAUUUUUCUAAUCUUUUCAUUUGGAAUGUGAAUGAAAACUCGGAAAGUUUGAGAUAAAUUGUAUGGGGAAAUCGAAUUCUAUUGACUUUUUUCUAUAAAAUAUUUUUCAUUGAACAUUUCUGUUGAAAAAAAAAUUAAU